GACAUCUUACCUGACAUUUGUCUGAUUAUCAUGUCAAACUUCUAAAUUUUAUCAACAUCGUGAACUUCUGUGAAUUUUACAAGGAAAAAUGUUUUCAUUACAAAACCAGUUGGAACUACGGAAAGUAACAAUAUCUAGUUUGAUAACAUGCAUAUAUUUGCCAAGUAUAAUCACAGUAAUAUCGUAUAAAGGCAUCCUUUAUUCAGUGGGCAAUGGAUCAUCCUGCUUCGUUUUGGCUUUAAUUUUCGUCGCCGAGUUGUUGAAGUCAUUUUACCUGAACUCUAGUAGCGAUGCACAAGCGAAAAAGAACAAGGCCAAUAAGAACAUCGCGGGGGAUAUCUUGAGAGGCUUUGUGUUCCUGUUAUGUGUAAAGUUUACGUUUUUCGUCGGCAUAAUAUUGUUUGGAGCGCCUGUGCUUGAUUGUCACGAGGAGACAUUGAUGCUGUCGUUGUUACUUACAUUACUAACAGUGUUCCCUCUGUUACUACACACUGGAGUCGAGUCAUCAUUACAGUUGCUAUUUGGAAUCAGAAAUUAUGGAAAGAAUACUGUGAUUGAGAUGUUAGUCAACAAUGCCCUGUUGACAGUUUGUGGAGCGUGGGUGGGGGCUGUGGUCAUACCCUUAGACUGGAACACACCCUGGCAGAAGUGGCCAAUACCAUGUUACCUUGGCGCAGUAGGAGGAUUCCUGCUAUCAAAUGUACUGACAGUAUUAAAAGUAACGCUAAUGAGCUCUGCACAGAAAUAUCCCAUAUUAAACAUCUUUGUACAAAUACUGAACGGGUUUCAAGUAUCCAAGUAAUUAGGAAAUUGUUAUAAUUUUUAUGUAUUGACUAAAUAAGUUAUUAAAAUAAAAGUAUUAUUGUU